AUGGUUAUAUUAAAGAGCUUCCACUUAUUCUUGGAUCGAUUUAAUUUCUUUGUCUUAAUUAUUGUUCGCAUAUAAAAUGGAUAAACUUGUACAUGAACUAACAGAAAGGCUGAGAGAGAUUGCUGACUUUCAAUAUCAUGAAGAUUCCAAAAGCCAAGCUGCGCUGUUGUUUUGAAGAUAUGGGAGCUAAGCAAUCCAAAGACUUCGCCAAGGAGGAGUUGAAGAAGCAAGUUAAAAAAACAGGGAAUGCUCCGUCUAAAGAGGAAGAGUUAUCAUCCGCCGAAAGAAUAAGGAAGCACAUCAUUGUCCGUUUUGGAUUUACCGUUCUGAGUCUGGCCAUGCGGGGAAUGGCUAACGCUCCAGAAGAACUGUGGGAAUUGACUGAGCUGGACAAGCUGAACCUGUCACUGAACUGCCUGAGCACACUGCCCCCUGCUGUGGGAGGCCUUGAAAACCUUGUGGUUUUGAAUCUGUGGGGAAACCAGCUGACCAGCCUGCCUCCGGAGAUUGGCCAGCUGAAGAACCUCCGUGUCUUAUUUGCCUACAAGAACCUUCUGACAGAGGUCCCCGAGGAGCUGAGUGCCUGCAGUAGACUGGAAGUUCUCAGCCUGGCCCACAACCACCUCACCUGCCUCCCAGACAGUUUCAGCAGCUUGGUCAGCUUGAAGAAGCUCAAUCUGAGUUACAACUGCAUCGACCACAUCCCAGCCUGCGUUUACAGGUUGAAGAAUUUGGUCUUCCUGCACCUGGCCUGCAACAGACUGGAAAACAUAGCAGAUCAGAUUGAGCACCUGGUGAAUUUAAAGAUCUUCAUCGUUGAGGGCAAUCAUAUCCACUCCUUGCCGAAGACUCUCUGUUUUCUAACAUCCCUGGAGUUGCUUAAUGUGGACUUCAAUGACAUUCACAAUGUUCCUGUGCAAUUCUACCUUCUGAGGAAACUAAAGAGACUUGCGUGCCAUCCACUGGACCAAGGGCUCCACAUUGUCCACAACCCUCUGCUGAAACCCCUCGCAGAGGUUUUGGAUGGGGGGCUCAAUGCCCUUUUUAAUUAUCUCAGAUCAACAUGAAACACAAAAAAGAGCCCAGAACACUAAUCAGUGCUCUCUACUGCAGAAUAAGUGAACAAGACCUUCAAUGAAUAAGAAGGUUUCUCCAAGCUUUUCUCUAUGUGUGUCAUACAGUACUAAGGUGGGUUUAGUGAAAAUAAAACUAGGAU